AUGGGGUUGCCACUGGCCCGCCUGGCAGUGGUCUGCCUGGCCCUGUCCUUGGCCGUGGCCGGGCAGAUUCAGGAAGAAGGCCGAGCCCAGAACCACGGCCACAACGUCUGCAGCACCUGGGGCGACUUCCACUACAAGACCUUCGACGGCGCCGUCUUCCGCUUCACCGGCCUCUGCGACUACAACUUCGCCUCCGACUGCCGGGACUCCUACAAGGAGUUCGCCCUGCACCUGCAGCGGGGCCCGGCCCAGGCCGGGGGCGCCUCCCAGAUCACAUCCGUCCUGCUCACCAUCAAAGACGACGUCAUCUAUCUCACCCACCAGCUGAUCGUGGUCAACGGGGCCAUGGUCAGCACCCCGCACUACAGCUCCGGGCUGCUCAUAGAGAAGAGCGAGGCGUACACCAAGGUCUACUCCCGCGCUGGCCUCUCCCUCAUGUGGAACCGGGAGGACUCGCUCAUGCUGGAGCUGGACAGUAAGUUCCAGAACCACACCUGCGGCCUCUGCGGGGACUACAACGGCCAGCAGACCUCGGAGUUUCUCUCUGAUGGCAUCUCCCUCAGCGCCACUGAGUUUGGCAACAGGCAGAAGAUCAACAACCCCCAGACCAAGUGUGAGGACCCCGAGGAGGUGUCGGCCCCCGAGUCCUGCUCCAAGCACCGCGCCGAGUGCGAGAGGCUGCUGACCGCCGCGGCCUUCGAGGACUGCCAGGCCCGGCUGCCGGUGGAGCUGUACCUGGACGCCUGCGUGCAGGACCUGUGCAGCUGUGGGGCAGACGCCUCCUGCGCCUGCAGCACCAUCUCCGAGUUCUCCCGCCAGUGCUCCCACGCCGGCGGCCGGCCCGGCAGCUGGAGGACCGCCUCGCUCUGCCCCAAAAGCUGCCCUGGGAACAUGGUGUACCUGGAGAGCGGCUCGCCCUGUAUGGACACCUGCUCCCACCUGGAGGUCAGCAGCCUGUGCGAGGAACACCCCAUGGACGGCUGCUUCUGCCCAGAAGGCACCGUGUAUGAUGACGUCGGGGGCAGCGGCUGCAUCCCGGUGAGCCAGUGCCACUGCAAGCUACACGGGCGCCUGUACUCCCCGGGCCAGAAGAUCACCAACGACUGUGAGGACUGCGUCUGCAACGCCGGCCGCUGGGUCUGCAAGGACCUGCCGUGCCCCGGGACCUGCGCCCUGGAGGGCGGCUCCCACAUCACCACCUUCGACGGGAAGAAGUUCACCUUCCACGGCGACUGCUACUACGUCCUGAGCAAGGGCGACCACAACGACUCCCACGCUCUCCUGGGCGAGCUGGCCCCCUGCGGCUCCUCGGACAAGCAGACCUGCCUGAAGUCGGUGGUGCUGGUGACCGACCGGAAAAAGGAUGUGGUGGCCUUCAGGGCGGACGGCAGGGUCCUGCUCAACGAGCUGGAGGUGCACCUGCCCCACGUCACAGCCAGCUUCUCCAUCUUCCAACCGUCCUCAUACCACAUCAUCGUGGACACGGCCUUCAGCCUGCGGCUGCAGAUCCAGCUGGUCCCUGUCAUGCAGCUCUACGUCACACUGGACCAGGCCUCCCAGGGCCAGGUGCAGGGCCUCUGCGGGAACUUCAACGGCCUGGAGAGCGAUGACUUCAGGACGGCCAGCGGGCUGGUGGAGGCCACGGGCGCCAGCUUCGCCAACACCUGGAAGGCCCAGUCCAGCUGUCACGACAAGCUGGACUGGCUGGACGACCCCUGCUCGCUCAACAUCGAGAGCGCCAACUACGCCGAGCACUGGUGCUCCCUCCUGAAGAAGACGGAGACCCCCUUCAGCAAGUGCCACUCGGCUGUGGACCCCUCGGAGUAUUACAAGAGGUGCAAGUACGACACCUGCAACUGUGCGAACAGCGAGGACUGCCUGUGCGCGGCGCUGUCCUCCUACGCGCACGCCUGCGCCGCCAAGGGCGUCAUGCUGUGGGGCUGGCGGGAGCGCGUCUGCAACAAGGAGGCGGCCUCGUGCCCCAGCUCCCAGGUCUUCCUGUACAACCUGACCACCUGCCAGCAGACCUGCCGCUCGCUCUCCGAGGCCAACAGCCACUGCCUGGAGGGCUUAGCCCCCGUGGACGGCUGCGGCUGCCCCGACCACACCUUCCUGGACGAGAAGGGCCGCUGCGUGCCCGUGGCCAAGUGCUCCUGCUACCACAACGGGCUCUACCUGGAGGCGGGGGACGUGGUGCUGAGGCAGGAGGAGCGAUGCAUCUGCCGGAACGGGAGGCUGCACUGCACGCAGGUCAAACUGCUGGGCCAGAGCUGUGCCGCCCCGAAGAUCCUCGUGGACUGCAACAAUCUGACUGCUCUGUCCACCCUGAGGCCACGCUCCCUCAGCUGCCAGACGCUGGCUGCGAGCUAUUACCACACGGGCUGCGUCAGCGGCUGCGUGUGCCCCGAGGGGCUGAUCGACGACGGCCGGGGCGGCUGCGUGGAGGAGGAGGACUGCCCGUGCCUGCACCACAAGAACCUGUACUCCCCGGGCUCCAAGAUCAAGGUGGACUGCAACACCUGCACCUGCCAGAGGGGGCGCUGGGUGUGCACUCAGUCCCUGUGCCACGGCACCUGCUCAAUCUACGGGAGCGGCCACUACGUCACCUUCGACGGCAAGUACUACGACUUUGAUGGACAGUGCUCCUACGUGGCCGUCCAGGACUACUGCGGCCAGAACUCCUCCGGGGGCUCCUUCAGUAUCGUCACCGAGAACGUCCCCUGCGGCACCACGGGCGUCACCUGCUCCAAGGCCAUCAAGAUCUUCCUGGGGGGCACGGAGCUGAAGCUGGAGGAGAAGCAGCGGAGGGUGGUGCAGCUGGCCGGCCGGCACGUGGCCUACACCACGCGGGAGGUGGGCCAGUACCUGGUGGUGGAGGCCAGCACGGGCGUCAUCGUGAUCUGGGACAAGAAGACCACGCUCUUCAUCAAGCUGGCCCCCUCCUACAAGGGCACCGUGUGCGGGCUGUGCGGGAACUUCGACGACCGCUCCAACAACGACUUCACCACGAGAGACCACUUGGUGGUCAGCAGCGAGCUGGACUUCGGCAACAGCUGGAAGGAGGCGGCCACCUGCCCGGACGUGGGCAGCACCCCGGAGCCCUGCAGCCGGAACCCGCACCGCCGCUCCUGGGCCGAGAAGCAGUGCAGCCUCAUCAAGAGCUCCGUGUUCAGCGCCUGCCACAGCAAGGUGGACCCCACGGUCUUCUACGAGGCCUGCGUGCACGACUCCUGCUCCUGCGACACGGGCGGCGACUGCGAGUGCUUCUGCUCCGCCGUGGCCGCCUACGCGCAGGAGUGCACCAAGGCCGGGGCCUGCGUGUUCUGGAGGACGCCGGACCUGUGCCCCGUGUUCUGUGACUACUACAACCCCCCCGACGAGUGCGAGUGGCACUACGAGCCCUGUGGGAACCGCAGCUACGAGACGUGCAGGACCGUCAACGGCAUCCACUCCAACAUCUCCGUGUCGUACCUGGAGGGGUGCUACCCCCGGUGCCAGGACAGGCCCAUCUACGACGAGGACCUGAAGAAGUGCGUGAGGGAGGACCAGUGUGGCUGCUACAUCGAGGACACGCGCUACCCCCCGGGGGCUUCCGUCCCCACCGACGAGAUCUGCAAGACCUGUGUGUGCACCGAGUCCUCGCAGGUCGAAUGCCGCGUGGAGGAAGGGAAGGUUCUCAACCGGACCCAGGACGGCGCCUUCUGCUACGAGGAGGUCUGCGACCUCAACGGGAACGUGGAGCAGCGCUUCAACAUCUGCACGACUGCCGCGCCAACCCCGUCCACCCAGACGGCCUCCACGACCAUCACGCUGCCCCCCAGCACCCCGCUCCCCACCACCACCACCACCACCACCACCACCACCAGCCCCACCAGCAGCAGCACAGUACCUCCGUGCUGCUUCUGGACCGACUGGAUCAAUGAGGACCACCCGAGCAGUGGCGAUGAUGGCGGCGACCGCGAGAGCUUCGACGCCGUGUGUGCGGCUCCCGAGGACAUCGAGUGCCGGUCGGCCACCGAGCCCCACCUCA